AAUGAGGGACAAGAUAAAAAAUGAUCAGCAAAAUUACAAUCAAUCAGAGGUUAAGAAAGCUAUUGAAGUAGCUAAAACCAGAUCGAUACAAAAAUAUGGCAAAAAGAUUAAUUGGGCCCAACUUAAAGAAAGUGUAUACUUGGUUACCAAAAAUCUAAAAGCUCCCUUAGAUGACUCUUUCAAUAGAGAGCUCCAUGAAAUUUCAAAGAGCUCCCUACCAUACAGAGAUCCAAGAAACCAGCAGACAAAACCAGACACAAAGAACCUUACAAGAACUCUAAGGAUGAAAUCUCAGAACUAA